AUGGGGCGCCUGGCGUCGCCGCGCUCGCCGCGGGUGCGGGGGGGGCUCGUCGGCUACUUCGACUUGCGGCUGCUACCGAUCCGGUACGACCUGGCGGGCGAGCGCAGGGUGGCCUUCGAGAGGGCGGUGAUCAACUGUCGCGAGGACCCGUUACCGGGCCGGCCAAUCAAGGGCCCGCGUUCGUGCCUGUGGGAGUGCGGCUGCAUCUUCCUGAAUGGUGGCCCACCGACGGGGAGGCACACUAGCCGGAAGCAUGAUGCCGAGCUGCAGCUGCAGGAUGUUGGAGUGGCCGGGCCCGAACGUUGCCGCCGCCCGCGUGAGACCAUGGCGUGCUACGACCAGCUGAACCUGCCCGCCAGAGCCACGGCGGAGCACCUGGCGCUCGCCCUGCAGGUUCGAGGCGAGCGCGGGCAGGAGUACCCCAGCGGGCACAUGGAUGACCCAGUCGGUGACGCACACUAG